AUGGCCAGGAAUCUAGUCAGCCCAGUGGCCCCCAGACUGGUCAGCCCAGCGGCCCCUAGACUGCUCAGCGGCUCCGAGACUGGUCAGCCCAGUGACCCCCAGACUGGUCAGCCCAGCGGCUCCGAGACUGGUCAGACCGGUGGCCCCCAGACUGGUCAGCCCAGCAUCCCCCACACUGGUCAGCCCAGCGGCUCCGAGACUAGUGAGCCCAGCGUCCCCCAGACUGGUCAGCCCAGCAGCCCCCAGGUUGUUCAGCCCAGUGGCUCCGAGACUGGUCAGCCCAGCGGCCCCGAGACUGGUCAGCUCAGCGGCCCCCAGGUUGGUCAGCCCAGUGGCCCCCAGGUUGGUCAGCCCAGUGGCCCCCAGGUUGGUCAGCCCAGCAGACCCCAGGUUGGUCAGCCCAGUGGCCCCCAGACUGGUCAGCCCAGCGGUCCCCAAGUUGGUCAGCCCAGCACCCUCCAGACUGGUCAGACCAGUGGCCCCGAGACUGGUCAGCCCAGCGUCCCCAAAGUUGGUCAGCCCAGCACCCUCCAGACUGGUCAGACCAGUGGCCCCGAGACUGGUCAGCCCAGUGGCCCCCAAGUUGGUCAGCCCAGCGGCCCCCUGGCUGGUCAGCCCAGCGGCCCCCAGGUUGGUCAGCCCAGCAGCCCCCAGGUUGGUCAGCCCAGUGGCCCCCAGACUGGUCAGCCCAGCAGUCCCCAAGUUGGUCAGCCCAGCACCCUCCAGACUGGUCAGCCCAGCGGCUCCGAGACUGGUCAGCCCAGCGGUCCCCUGGUUGGUCAGCCCAGCACCCUCCAGACUGGUCAGCCCAGUGGCCCCCAGGUUGGUCAGCCCAGCGGCCCCCAGGUUGGUCAGCCCAGCGGCCCCCUGGCUGGUCAGCCCAGUAGCCCCCAGGUUGGUCAGCCCAGCGGCCCCCAGGUUGGUCAGCCCAGCGGCAGGACAGUGACGAUCAGUGUCAGUGAUCACACAUUAACGGUAGAGACGGGACAGUGA